CAGUGACAAAUUGUUCACCUCCUUUUCCCACGUUUUUCCGCCGCCCCCGAUUUCCGCGUUUCGCGCUGGCUGGAUUCGUGCGUGAUUCAUCGUCCAAGAUCCCGCGGCGAAUCCCGCGGAAAAGAAGGAUCGCGGGGAAGAUCGAUGAAAAAGGAUGGAAAGGAGGCGGGCAUUUUCGGCGGGAGUCGAUCGUCGAGCAUCGCCCGUCUCGAAUUUUUUUACGAGAUUUCUCGAGUGAAAGAAACGACCAGCUCUUCCCGAGGGUUACGUUUGUUAUGGUGUAUAACUUGUUGCUCGGUUUGUCGCCCGCAGAGUGGCCGGGAUGAUCGCGUCGUCGCGAUUUUGUAAUCGCGAGCCGAGCGUCGUUCGAGGGAUCGAGCGAGGCGAUCAGUUUCCUUCCUUGUUCAAUUCCCUUGCUUCCCUUCGUCUCUCUCGGCUCUCUUUCACCGUGGACGUACGCGUUGGAUGCAUGGAGAUCGAGCUUGGAUCGACGAGUUUUCGAUCGAGCGUUUCGAUAAGAGGCGACGUUUUCUUCUUGUUCGAGGAGCGGAGAGGAGAGGAGAGAAGAAGAGGAAGAGGGAGAGGAUUCGUCGUCGUGGGUGAACCUUCUUGUUAUUCGAGGCUUAGGAUGGCAAACACUAGCUUCCUUCCCUCUAUUCGCGAUAUUUGCUCGUUGGAUUGUGCUCCGUUCCCCCCGCAGAGAUCCCAAGAGAAAAUCGAAAAUUUCUCUUUCGAUCGAAAGUUCAGUGACACGCGAACGUACACUCGCACCUUUGUCACCGUUCAACGAGCCUCGUUUGAACUUCGAAGAGAGAAGAGGGAGGGGGAGGAGAGAGAAAAAAGAGAAAGAGGAAAAAAGAAGGAUGACCGUACCCUCUUUUCGAUUCCACGAUUUGCAUAGUGCUUAAAGCAAAGGGACAAAGUACUCGAGGAAAGCAAAGGAGCAACGAGAAUUGUUUGAUUGUGCCCGACGAAAAAGGUGAGAAGGGAGGAAAAAUCUGCGUGCAUCCCUAUCUUUGCAAUCUUCGAUCUUCCGUUUCUCGAUCUGUGCACGAUCCGUAGCACGAUCGUGAUAUAGAAAAGAACAAAAAUCUCGCGACAGAGAGAAAACUCGUUUCGAUUUUAAGAUACGCUCUCGGACAUAGUUUAUUUUUUUUUUUUUUUUUAAUACUAUUCUGCAAUUCUGAUAAUUUCUCCGGUGGAUCCACGGUGAAAGAGGUUAUUCACUUGCACGGGCGCGUUUCAAUGGCCAUCCACGUCACAGAUAUAAAAUGGAGUAAGCGACAGGGUUGAUCGUCGCUUCGAGGUGAGAUGGUCACGGGUUUCAAUUUCACGCGUCGAAAUUUCAUGCCCUGUAACUCGCGUCUUCUCUCUCUCUCUUUUUCUAUCUCCUCGAAAAAGUCGAUCCCUCGAAUCGGCCGACAGAUUGAAUCUUUCGUUCUCAGAUCUCUCGCUUGUUGGCGAACGAAUCUCGCAAAAAAAGUAGGAAGGGAUAUGGCCGGGAGAGAGAGGGAGAGAGAUAGAAAAAAAACAUUCCACUUUUGGAAAGCUUUUGAAUGAAACGCUUUAUCGUUUUCGUUCCCUUUUUUCCUCCCCUUCUCGUUAUUUUUAAAUGGGAAUACGGAAUUUCACGAGGCGUUUGGGUACUGAAUCUCGUACUCAAAUUUCGUUCUUCGCCUGUUCCCUCCCUCCUCUUCCCCCCACGAAAAAAGGUUGACAUCCUUUGAAGAUCGAUUAGCUACAACACUAAUUUUACACGAUCGAAACUUUUCGACCGCGCCCCCCCAUCGUCUUCUUUAAUCCUCUUCCCUCCUUUCGAGAUAUUCGAUUUCGGGAUUUAGCCGGCCGAUAAAUUGAAUUUAUUCCGAGUUGUUCUCCGUAAGGGCGAACGUUAUCUCGUCAUCCACGGUAAAAAUUCCAGCGGAGGAAAAAAAGCAAACGAAAGUAUCAAUGAGAAAGGAAAAAAAAGAGAAAAACGAAAGGCACGAUCGAAUCCUUAACCGAUUACCGUUAACCGAUUCCGUCGCCGCGAAUCGCGUAACAUCACGUUCUCCAUCGUUUCUCCUUUUGAUCUCCGAGUAUCAGCGUGUGCAAUCUAAAUUCCACGGAUCACCGAAUUUCUCGCUCUUCCCCGAUUGGCAUCGAACGGAUUCAUAGAUUGUCGGUCAGUUGACAAAUUGAAUUUUUCUUGGACCGGGAGAAAGGAUUCGUUUUAUUUAUUAAAAUCCCGACGAUCUCUGAUCCCCUUGGAUUUUCCUCCUCGCGGAAGAUAAAUCGAGUCGAGGAUAACAUUUGGAUAUCCGUAUCCAAGUUUCAUUCUUUCUGGAAUCGAGCAAUUACAAUUACAAUUACGUUCUCUUUUGACCGUCCGUCCUUCUUGGAUCUCAUCUUUUGGCAUCCCUCCCUUUCCCGUGCUGCUUCUUCCAUUAUGCACCACGCUUUUCUCGUCCGCGAAUUCCCCGCAAAGCUCUCCUCCCGAAGCGACAGCGGUUGUAACCACGUUAUCUAGUGAGUUUUCCCAUUAAAGGGACACACAUGAUUGCUGUUUGCCCUCGGUAUAUAUACCGCUUUCUCGAAUCACCCUAGGCAGAUUCUCUUAUUCGUGGGUUAGGUUGGGUAGACGUGCACAAUCGCGCACACAUCGUAAUUACGUUCCAGAGAAACUGGUACUCAACGGGCCAAGAUUCAGCGAAAUCGUUCCAUUUGACGAGAGCGGGACCUAUUGUUGUUUUCCUCCAAGCUCGGAUGCUUUCGUGGCCGCAACUUGGACGAUUAAUCGAAACUUGGUGUACGGUCGGUGGUCGCUCUCGAUCGAGCUUUCUUUAUAUAAUUGCUCGAUUUUUCCAAAUGCAAAUAUUUGAUCAUCGGACAGAGGCAUCAUCCCUCGUCGAACGAGUCGGCAAUUUUCUUUCCUUCCUCCUCCUCCAACGAAGGGGAUUCUCGAGUCUCUGCAGUUUAGUGGGUCAAUAAUCUUAACGAGAUAGGGGAUGAUGUUGGACAUGAUCGUUUCCUCUUCCCCUUCUCCUUUAUCGAUACUUUCAAUCGGGAAGAAUAAUUUCAAUUUCGACGAUAUUCUGCAAUCCCUGUUCUUCCCGAAGUUAACGAGCCAUACACGCACACAGUCUUGUAAAGAGAUUAUCGUUGCGGCUACUUGUGAAAUAUCCCCCGAAGCCGCGGAGAUAUUCUUCUCGUAUCGUUUUUAAAAUCCUUCUCCCCAUGCACCGUCCAAAGAAUAAGAGAAAUUCGAUCUCAGGGUGGCGAUGGGUUGGCACCCUUUGUUAGCCUCUCGACCGGCGAUUAUUAAAAUUUAUUGGUUUAUCGAGCAUGAUAACCCUCGCUCGACGGAGCGUAAGGUGGUGGUCGGUGGAUUAAGAAAGGUCGUUAACAGGGUCACCUUUGUCCCACCAUCGCGCGCUAGAAAUACUUGAACGUUUCCGACACGAGGGAAACAAUUACGCGUUACAUAAGGUGUUGCGAUGCUCGUGGCUCGAUGUUUUUUAGCACGUUCUUCAAUUUCAUCUCGUCGCUUUCGAAAAAGAAGAAAAAGGAAAGAAGGAGAGAAGGAAAGGAAGAAAUUAUCGAAGAGAAAUUUUCAUUUUUCAAAGUAUCUACUCUCUAGUUUUGUAGAUGCGAAACGAAAGUGUAACGGAACGAUAUAAGAAUAUUUUGUCGUUGCGUGGUGCAUUCCUUGCGCUAUUUGCUUUUCGUUCCGUUCAUUAAGCGCGGUCACAAAUUCCUCUCCUUGAUCCUCUUAUCGGAUUCAAUUCGCCUUAUCGGCCUACAAAAAUUCCUGCAACGACUUCAUCCCGAGGAAUGAUUUCCUUAAUCCAUGACGCGAAGAGGAGAGGGAAAAUAGAAGAAAUUGGAAGAGGGAAGAAGAAUUCGACGUUCAAGUCCGUUGUGAUGGACGAUUUUAAAUCGCCACCGAUCAAAUUAAUCGAAGGGCCCCCUCCCCUUCUGAAUGUUGAAUAAUCAUUGCCGACGUGUAUUAAUUGAAACUCGAUGAGAGGAUUAAGAACUAAAUGGCUGGUUGACCUUUUCCUCGAAACGUCUUCCUUUUUUCGCCGUUUCGUCAGACUGAAUUUCACAUUUCUUUUCUUUUCUCCUUCCUCCUUCUCUCUCUCUCUCUCUCCCUCUUCGUUUUUCAUUUCGUUUCGACAUAUGGCUCGUCGUUAACUUUUCGUUUGAUCGAAGCAAGGGAAUUGAAAACUGUAAAAGUUAAUUGCAAGACGAAGCCGAAUCGUCUACUCACCGAUUCGUUAGAAAGAGAAUCGACUGGUUCUUAUCUGGUGGAGUGUAUGAUUGUAAGAAGAUUUCGAAAGAUUUCUGGAGCGUAGAGUACAGAUAGAUAUUUUCCUCCUCCUCCGAGGAUUUCGAGACAAGUAAUAGCGAGUAAUAACGUUAUUCCGUCUAUUUCGCUCCCUCCUUCCAAAAAAAAAAGGAUAUCUCGAGAUUCAAUUGAGAGUUUUCGUGAAAAGCCACUCCUCACCGUAACGGAUAAUGUUGAAAAGUUAUUUCCGCGAGCACGAACGAUUUCGAAUUCUAUCCGUGAAAUAAUUUCCCCGGCCAUUCUCUGGUGGAGCAAACAUCAACACGUUCACCUCAAAGCCAACCUCCCCCUCCCCUCCAACUCCACGAAAUCUGCUGUGCUUGGUCACAAGUUUAUGAGCUCGAGCCCUUCGUUUCACGGUGUCUCGGCCGAUAAUGCGCACACCCGGCACGGGUUAACGUUAAAGGGACGAAAACAGCGCGGUGUCUAACCACCUUCGUGAUCUCGCCACCGUCUCGCUAAUGAUCCAACGUUUUAAACGUUCAAAUUGUCCACCUCUGUGCGAGCUGCAUCGUCGUUCACGGAUCACGUGGCAACGGAACAAGGCAUCCCACGGACGAGGGCCGUGACGCAUUCGGAUCGUGCACCAACGAUAAUACGUUUCGUCGUCUGAGAUUGGACCGCUGCGUCGAGAUAAAUUCAGGCUCGCUGGAAUUAAGAAGGAAGGGGGGCGAUUCGAAGGGCAGGGUGACGCACACGAUCGUCCGCGAGAUGGAUCCCGGUGAGAGUUACGGAAGGCGAGGUCGCGGGAUGACAGUCGACGAGGGUUUCGUUGUCAUUAAAAUAUCAAUAACGAAUUAAUCAUCAUCGUCGACACCGUGCAGCGUCCGCCUCUUUCGAACGGAGCAUUCGUAUCUGUCGGAUCUGCUGGACCAUGCCACGUUUCUUGAGCAGAUGAUAAUCGACGGACAUUGACAGUGCCUGCCUGCCGGAUAGAGAGAAUACAUUACGUCGCGCGUAAUGGAGGAACACGUGAACCAGACGAGAAACUCGACCUCGGACGGGUUGGUUUUCACGGAUGCCUCGAUCAUUCUCAGAACAUUGGUGCUGGGUCUCUUGAUACUCGUCACCGUUGUCGGGAAUCUGUUCGUGAUAGCUGCGAUCCUGCUCGAGCGGAAUCUGCAAUCGGUGGCCAAUUAUUUGAUCGUCAGCUUGGCCGUGGCCGAUCUCAUGGUCGCCUGUCUGGUCAUGCCUCUCGGCGCGGUUUACGAGAUAAACUCGGAAUGGUCGCUCGGGCCCGAGCUUUGCGACAUGUGGACCAGCAGCGACGUUCUCUGCUGCACUGCCUCGAUAUUGCAUCUGGUGGCUAUCGCGGUCGACAGAUAUUGGGCAGUCACCGAUCUCAAUUAUAUACAGGCGAGGAAUCCACGACGGAUUGGUAUGUUGAUCGUCGCCGUCUGGGUGGUGUCCUUAGGAAUCUCGUUGGCGCCCCAACUUGGAUGGAAGGAUCCUGAUUAUUUAGAUCGUAUAGCGGACGGGACUUGUCUGGUGUCGCAGGAUCCCGCAUACCAGAUCUUCGCCACUUGCGCGACGUUCUAUCUACCCUUGUUGGUUAUUCUAUUCCUGUACUGGAGGAUAUUUCAAGCGGCGCGGAAGCGGAUCAGAAGGAGGCCGGGAACCAUUGUGCAGCCAGCUCGUGAAAGAAGAGGCAUCCUUAGAUACGUCACAAAAAGACCGAGGGAGGAAUCGACAGCGUUCACGAUAACGAGAUCCACGCCGGAUCAUUCGUCGAUCUCGCCUGAGAAAUCGUCGUCUUACAACGGGGCGAACGCGACCCAGUCGACCACGGUCACCCCGUCCACCGUUUCGACGACCACCACCACCACCACCACCACGACAGUGACGAAUCCUUCGAGCAGCCACUCGACCCACUCGUCGAGCAAGAGGACCCGCGACACGAUCGAGUCGAAGCGCGAGAAGAAAGCCGCGAAAACGCUCGCGAUAAUCACAGGGGCUUUCGUCGCGUGUUGGUUGCCUUUCUUCGUUGUAGCGUUGCUCCGCGCCACUUGCCAAGUCUGCGAGCCACCUGAGCUCAUAGCAAGCGUCUUCCUGUGGCUGGGCUAUUUCAACAGCACCCUGAACCCUGUGAUAUACACCGUAUUCUCACCAGAGUUCAGGCAAGCCUUCAAGAGGAUGCUUUGCGGUGGUUCCAGGAUAAUUCGCUGACAGUGGAUUUAAAUCUCGCGCCAGUCGCGUAUGAACUGAGAGAGAGAGAGAGAGAGAAUGAUUGAGCGAGAGAGAGACGGGAUAUGCGUGUGGACGGAUGCGUCGCGUGUACAUAAGACGGUUCAAUAUUCUAACUCCUUCCUCUCUCCUUUUUAGAUAGCGUUCGGAUAUCGCGGUACUUAGAGGCGAAACCCUUAGAGAGCCCGUAGAUAGAUUCCCUUCCCCUCCCCCACCCUCCCCUUCGGAAACUUUCCGCUGGAAAUGACAAGUUUAACGAGCGGAUCCGGAUAACUUUCGCCAUUCGACCGGAAAGUUUCGCGCGAUUUUUCGAAAACGAUGGACGGACGGAUGGGCGGACGAUGGUGAUCCGGCAACGUGCGAUUGUUUCCAUCGAAGCGACGGUAUCCGGGAUAACGCUGCAUCUUAUAAUAACGCGAGAGAAAUUCUCUGUUCGAAAUAGCUCCGCAUUUUUCCGAUACGUCUAUUAAAAACAAAAAAAAAAGAAAAAGAAAAAAAAACGCUCUUUUAUCUAUUAAGGGUUUUUGGUUGACGAAAAUCACGAGGAGAGAAGAGACGACGAGCGCCCACUCGGUCUCGAACGUGUUACGAUCAAAAGGGGGGGAAAAUGGGGAGAAAGAGACAGAGAUCGAUUCUCGAGAAAUGUCGAGAUGGUGGAUUGCCAAUGAUCCAGUUGACACCUCCGUUUCGAUAGAUUAUUUUAGAUUAUAUAUUAUAUAAGAUUUCGAUCGUCUUUGCGAGGAGCGGAGGUUGAUACUCGCGAGAUACGAGAACGAUGUUGUUCGUUCAAUUUAUAUCGUGUUUUAUAAAAUCCACUCGUGAGAUCGUGCGUUUGUCGAGGCACGGGUCGAGAGGAAAGAGAUAAUCAGAGAUGGAGCAAUUUUUUCCCCGAUUGCCCGUACCGAUUGCUCGAAACCGGUUGGUGUUACGCAAUACACAAAUGUCGCGUGCAAAUUGUACAGACGCUCGUUUAUUUCGUUGCUGCUCACGAAAUCGUUCCGCGAUUCUCACUUAAACGAUUUAAAUAAGGAUAGAGUGUUAGAUAUCAUCGGCGGCCAAAAGAAUAAAUAAUAGAUGGUCGAUUUCUCUUCGUGAAAAGAAAAGAAAAAGAAAAAGAAAAAGAAACAAAAAAAAAGUGAAAAAAAGGUAUCGUAGUUUCCGUACCGAUGUUUCCAUCGAAUUCUCGCGUGUGACGGCGACGCGUUAACGCCGUUUCUAUUGUAAAUACAAAUGGGAUUUCUAUAGGAAAAAAGGUAUCCCUCACCACCCCCUCUGAACUACCGAAUGCGAGAUCGGUAAUAAAACGAGGCGGCCAGGCCGAUCCAGCCUGCGCCAGCUAGUUCGCAUCGUUGUUCUCGAGUAGAAGAGAGUGGACGAGAUUUUUGCGCUUCCGUGUCACGAUUUGCUCACGAGUUCGAUCUUCGCGCCAAUCACAAUUUCUGGAAACGAUCGUCUUCCACGAUGUUCUUUUUUCACGAUUCCACGAUCGUGAAUUCGUACGAAUUACUUUGUUUCACUUUUUCUCUUUCUUCCUUGAAUACUUUCAUCCGUCGAAUUCCACUUCCCUUCUUUGAAACUUUUCCAAUUAUCGAAUAUUCCUCGGUUACAAAGAAAUUCGCUUCGAAGCUUUCUCGUUUCGACUUUGAAAUUUUAAUUUUCCUCUUUCACGCGCGUCGCGUAAAAGAUCGUAUCGACGAUCGUCCGAUAACGCCUUACCACGUACGAAAUACGGAUACUCUAUCCACACUAGCGAGUUUCGAGGAUUAUUGUUUGAGGGGAGACAGAGACAAAGAGAUCGAAACGAAAGAAAAGGGAAAGAAGAGGGAAGAGACGUGUGAUUAAUAAAUCGCAAUCAGAGUGCACAGUUAUCCGGAGAUUCGAUUAUCAGCUUCUGAUCGCGCCCUUUUUUUUCGAUGAUGCGAUCUUUGAAAUUAAACGGGACGAAGAUUAUAUACGGUGUUCGAAAGUAAAGUAAAAAGGGGGAAAAAAAGCGAAUAGCACGUACGAGUAUCAGAAAAAAAAGGAAGAUAGCAAAUUAAAAAAAAGGAGGAAAAAUACGAGAAGCAAGGAAAGCUGGAACGUUUACAACGAUGCUUCGUAUGUAUAAUAUUUAUUUCUUUGCAAUCACUGAUGUAAAUAAAUGCAACAGUUUCAAAACGGUUGGCCGAGUCGCUCGGUUGACGUCAACUCGA